GUCAGCUGUUUUGUAUACGCCAUCAUUUUAAUAUCGAAGUCGAAGUUGGAUUGUACGCCAUUUGCGAAGAACGAGCGAUUCAGUGAAUUUCGAUGGUGGUUUUAUAACGUUCUCGUGUGGAAAAUAGACUGAACCGUCGAAUCGAAAUUCGUGGAAAAGUGUGUUUGGUAGCAAGUGCGGCGCAGCAAAAUGAGUGGAGGAAUGCCUGAGCUGGGCUCGAAGAUUAGCCUAAUUUCGAAAGCGGACAUAAGAUACGAGGGCCGCCUGUUCACCGUCGAUCCGCAAGAAUGUACGAUCGCGCUGGCAAACGUUCGAUCGUUUGGUACAGAGGACCGUGAAACUCAAUAUCCCAUCGCUCCGCAAAGUCAGAUUUAUGAUUACAUUCUGUUCCGUGGUUCAGAUAUUAAAGACAUUCGAGUGGUCAACAAUGGAAUGCCACAUCCUAACGAUCCGGCCAUUAUGCAAAUGCAAUUGCCUAACGGGCAGCCACUCAUCCCGCAUUUUCCGACUAUUCCUUCGAUGGGUGCACCGUUGGGUAAUUAUGGAAAUCCAUUUGGAACUAUGGGUAAUCUUGGUGGUAUUGGUACUACAACUGGACUGGCGCCGGGAUCGUUUGGGUUAAACAAAGCAAAGCAACCAAGUGAGUUAAACGACGCCAUUCCAGAACCCUCUACUAUAUCUGCUCCAACCGCGGCUGAACACAAAGACCAAGUAUCUGUCAUAGACUUGCUUGCCGGGGCUUCAAGAUCAACCACGCCAGUAAGUGUAAUAUCGAGAAAAAGCCCUUCAGCUGAUAUGGGGGUACAGGUUAAUCAGAAUGUAGCGAAUCGCGAUCAGGGAGGCCAUAACAGACGACAGAAUCAACAACGUUCGGGGAACAUUGGCGGUGGCAGUGGACAACGUGAUCGUCGGGAUUCCGGCAAAGCUAUGGAUCAACAACAUAAUCAGCACCAGGACCGAAAUCAAAAUCGAAACAAUCAAAUGCAUAACAAUAAUCAAAAUCGCGGUUGGAUGAAUCGCGGUAACAACAACAAUAACAACAUGCGUGGAAAUCGUGGUCGCGGCCGAAUGCAUAGCCAGGGGAACUUCCGACAAGGUGCCAACAAUAACAAAGGACGCCCUAAAAAUCCUCUUAAAUUCGAUCAGGACUAUGAUUUCGAGCAGGCCAAUAACCAAUUCGAAGAACUACGUUCAAAGUUGAUGAAACUUAAGGUGGGCGACGAUCCCAAAACCGAGCAGAUUAACGGGGAAACUGACAAAAAAGAUGAUUCUGGCAAUGAGACCGGUGCUGGUGACCACGAGCCAGAAGAUGAUGGCGUUUGCGUAGGCUAUGACAAAACCAAGUCAUUCUUCGACAAUAUUUCAUGCGAGGCAGCAACAGAUCGAACGAAAGGUAAAAAUCGUACGGACUGGCGCCAGGAGCGCAAGCUUAAUAGCGAAACAUUUGGUAUCUCAUCGACAAGGCGCGGAAACUAUCGUUCACGCGGCGGAUAUUAUAACCGUAACAUGAAUAUGCAUGGAGGUGGCGGUGGCGGAUAUCGGGGUUACCGUGGCGGUAAUAAUUAUCGGGGCCGGAAUAACAAUCGGGGUGGACAACAAAACAAUUCUGGUCUUCCGAAGAAUAAUAAGAAUAAUCAAAAUCAACAGCAACAACAACAAGCGCUGCCACAAAAUCAGCAACAACAAUCGGGCCAACAACAACAGCAACCGUCUACACCACAACCGCAAACACCAGUUGUAGCUGCCGCAGCAGGCAAUUAGUCGUACAGAAAAACACAAAAGUUAGUUUUAAAACACUGACGUCCUUUUCCCUUUUAUAAUUGAAGAUGAAGAAUAAUCGGCUACUGAUAUGAAAACGAAUUUUAAAGAAAUAUUUGAGGAGUAAUGCACGAAAGAUAGAAAAAAUCAAGUGAAAGCAAUGCGCGGAUCCAUGCUAAUAAAAAAAUUACGAGUGUUGUCUCUUUUCAGAGAGAAUAAUUAAUUAAUCUCUUGCAUUCAAUUAAAAGGAAUCCAAUUCAUGAUAAUAAUCACGAUUGUAUGAUAAAAUUCCAAACUAAAUUAUUGUUUUGUAAAAAAAAAAAAUAUAGAAAUUUGAUGAAUUCAUUUUUAUAGAAAAUAAAUCUCACAAGAAGAGAAAGCAGAUUUAUUGUAAGAUUUACUUGAGAGCGUCGAGAAAGGAUCAAAUUGUGGAAUGAUCAAUUUUAUAUGCAACAAAUAAUGAGGAUACACAUAGCAACAAGGAGAUACAGUAGAUGUUAAAUAGGAACAUUUCAGACAUAAGCAGAUACGAAUGAAAAAGUUCUACGAUAUAAAUAUUUUGUAAUUACACAGAUGGAAAUCGUGAAAACUUAAAAAAAAAACACAUACAAGAGUGAAGAUUGAGAACGGAAGAAUGAGUUUAGAUUGUAAUGGUAUCAUUCGAUAUUGAUGCGGCGAAUUGAAUGCAAUUGUUGCAACAUGUGUACACACAAUAAAAUAAUAGAAUGUAAUUAAUCAAAAGGCAAUUCCUUCACCCGGUCCGGUCACGUGAGGCUGAUGAGAAUACGCAAACAGGAUUUUUGAAUUUGACUUUGACUUCUUCAAUUGAAAAUUUAUCGAUUUUCCAAUAUCGAAUGUACCAAUGAUUUACCUGGCCCAACUUAAUUCAAUUGUAGUUUGCAAAAUGAACCGAUAAAUGAGAAAAAAAAAAUGGCCGUCAAUCGUUAAUUAUUGUUACGGGAAGUGUUCGGGUGCUACCUUGUGACUUGGGGGGAGCUUUCUGCCCGCUUUUUACUUAUAUUUUGGUUUUUGGCUUUAUUCAUAAUGGACGAUUUGUUCAAUUUCACACAAAUAAUGGUCGGUUUUUGUUCCGUUUACACGCCAAUGGCUGCACACUUGAUCUCAGAUAAUUAGAUCGUUGAAACUUCGGUUUUUCUCGAUGUGUACCUUUCUUUCGUCUUGUCUGGCAAUUAGUUUUCGUGCCAAUGAAAUUAUGUAACAAUAAUUAACGACUUGGAAUGUAACGGUAAAUUGUUAAAUUUUUUGUUAAUGUAACACUACAUCUCUAUUGUAGGAGAAGAAGAGAAACUGAUGUAUUUCAGAAGACACUAAAAAAAUGAUGUUCGUUAACAGAAAUAUUUGUAUCUAAGGCCUGAAAUAUAAAGCAAAUCAUUCAUAA